UCUUCUUCACUGUUAGAAGUGACGUGAGAGCAGUAGGUCGUGUUUUUGAGCGUCCCCGUCGUGGUUUUUUGUAGAGCAUAGUACUCUACUUUUUUUCUUGUUUUAAAUCCAAUUUCUUAACCAUUCGUACGCACGGUAUCGCGAUAGUGAAUCAAGCAACCAGUACCAAAUCAAAAUCUUGAAAAUCAUUCACUACGUUAGCAAAACUCUCGUUUUCAGUGUGUAGUUCCAACCGCAGGCUAACAUAUCUGCUCACCUGUAGCAGUGUAGGGACAGGAUAUAUUAGGAAGGUUGCGGUUGUGCUGUUUCCUGAAUUUCGGUAAUUACCAUUAUUGUGAAGUUAAUUUUCCCUUGCUGUUUCACAAACGAAGUUGAAUUUCUUCACCGAUAUUUGAAGAUUCCUUUUACCCCGGUGUAAAAAUUGAUCCUGUCGUGUGAGUUGAAAAAAUUGUGGCUAACACCAGUAAACGUAACCCGAGGAAAAAUCGUACCUGUCAGUGAGAAAAAUCUUCAUAACAGUGCAGUUCUAUCAAUUGUGGGUUCCGUAAUAGUGGAGCAAAUUGUUUCAAUUGUUAACUACACCGGUCGCGUCUCCAUAAAAUAGCAGACGAAAAAAAAAAAUAAAAUCAAAAUAGUGUGGUGAAAAGAGUCUGUUCAAGUAAAAAAAAGGAAAGGAGAGUGCAUUGACAGAGAGGAUAGUGAAAGAAGAAGCUGAAAACCAGUCUCUGACAGGUUUUAUAGCAAUCAAAACAUAGCGAGAUUUUGGAUUUCUUUCGUUUUCGGCUGCUGCAAGGUCAGUUUGCUGAAUUUACUGCUGGACGCUAAGAUUGUAAAUCAUUCAAGUGUACAACCAGCCAUCGACAACGUAAACUGAUAGCCGAAAAGCAAGAUUGUGACAGAUACAUUAUGUCGAGUCAACAGAAACAUCGAAUCCAGGUCCCCGACGGAUUACGUGACGUGCUGCUGGAGUUCUCGAUAGCAUACCUACUGGAACAGCCCGGCGAUGUGAUCGACUACGCGGUGGAGUUUUUCUGCAAGCUGCAGGAAAACCGAAAAACCACCAUGAUCUCAGCGGCCGAUCCCUCCUCGCCGGACGAGAGCAUAAUGUCACAUGAAGAAGAACCUCUAGUAAAUCGGUACGCCUCGCGCAGGAAAUCGGUAUUUGCGGAAACGUACGAUCCAGAAAAUGACGACGAUGACGACGGCGCGAGAGCGAUAUUCCCCAAGACAGAUGAUCAGAGAACUCGGUUGUGUGAUUCGGUCAAAAAUAUCCUUCUGUUCCGAUCACUCGACAAUGAACAGAUGAACGAAGUGCUGGAUGCUAUGUUCGAAAAGAUAGUCAAAGCAAAAGAUUAUAUUAUCAAGCAAGGUGAUGACGGGGAUAACUUCUACGUCAUUGAAUCGGGCAUUUACAAAGCAUACGUGGGCGAAGAUCAGAAACACAUACACACCUACCAGAAUAGCGGUAGUUUUGGAGAGCUGGCUCUGUUAUACAAUAUGCCAAGGGCUGCCACAAUCCAAGCGGAAACGGAAGGCCAGCUAUGGGCCAUGGAUCGUCAAACGUUCCGAAGAAUUUUGCUCAAGUCCGCAUUCAGGAAACGAAAAAUGUAUGAAGCACUACUCGAUGCGGUCCCUAUGCUAAAGACGUUACAGAAUUACGAACGCAUGAACCUGGCCGAUGCUCUUAUACCAAAAACAUACUCAAAGGGCGACAGAAUCAUCAAACAGGGCGAUGCUGCCGACGGCAUGUACUUCAUCGAGGAUGGUAAAGUUUCGAUCCGCAUUCAACAGGACGCCGGUGAGGUUGAAAUCUCAAACCUAGAGAAAGGACAGUACUUUGGAGAGUUGGCCCUGGUGACCCACCGACCCCGUGCAGCGUCGGCAUAUGCCGUGGAUAACGUCAAAGUGGCAUUUUUAGAUGUGGACGCCUUCGAGCGACUACUUGGACCCUGUAUGGAUAUUAUGAAGCGCAACAUUGGCGACUACGAGUCGCAGUUGGUGAAAAUCUUUGGCAGCAAGAACAACAUAUCCGACGUCCGAUAAGCGACAUCGCGCAAGACAAAAAAUCAAUAGUAGUAGUAGUAGAAGCAACAGGUACUAUCCGUACUAUUACAAUCGCCCGCCCGUACACUCACACUACAAAAUAGUGCCGGGUAGUACCAUUCAGUAGCAGUCACUGCUGUUCGCCGUACUGUAGUUUCUCUCUGCCUAGAGCCAAUCUCGGGAAUUGGCUUUUGAGUUUAACUUUUAACACCCAAACAUCAUCGAAGAGCAACAGCAGCGUAGCUCAAAGGUCAUUUCCCUGCACAGACUGAGCAUCUAGCUGGAGUGAUAAUACAGUUCGGCUGCAGCAGAGCAACUCUCGUAAACGGACCGUCGCCAGAGGUGAAUUGAGUAAUGUUAGUAGAUUUAAUAUCGACGCAGCAGGUUGCCAUCAUUUUUGCGAGUAAUUUGUAGUGUACUACUAGAUUAGAGAAAGAUAGACAAAUGCGAAUUGAAGCGAGAAAGAGAGAUAUUUUGUUAUUCCGUGGAAUGAUUCGGUAGCAACAGCCAUAAUGAGGAUAGCUUAGAUCACAGAGAGCUUAGCAGGAAGGAUGAGGGCGAACGAGAAAUCACCACCGCCGCCACCAGCAUCCGUUUUCGAUAAAAUGAGUAUAUGCCAGGCAAAUGAUGAAAAAAUAUUAAAAUUUUUAGAUAUUAUAUAACAAACAGACAUGCGAGGAAAGCUUUCUUGUUUUUAGUUGUAGCCAUUUCCUAGAAUGAAGAAAUUGCCAAAUAUAUGGAGAAAAUUGAGAUUGAAACAAAAAUAAAUGUGUCAUUACAGCAAACAUUUGAAAAACCAAAAAAAAAUCUGUGACAUCAAAAAUAUUGACAACAGCAAAAGAAGAUGAUUGUAUAUUGGUGGUAAAAAUUAAUGAAGAAUAAGUGGACAUUUUUGAUCAAGUAUUCGUAAAUCAAGCAAAUUAUAACAAAAGCAACAUGUUCUAGUAAAACUAUUGACAACAAAAAUCAAUAAUAAUAAUUAUUGACAAAAAAAUCUAUGAUACGAUAAAUGCUGAAAUUAUGAAAAGAAAGUAAUAAGCAAGAUUUUUAAAUUAUUUCUGUUAUUUAUUUGAACCUAAGAUAAAAUCAGUGAAAAACUACAAAAAAAAAACAACUUAACUAGCAGAAAAAUGGUAGCAUUAAGGGUACUUUAAACAGUGUUUAACAUGCAAUUAAUAUAAAAUAUCACAAUAUAAGAUAAAUAAUUGAAAAAAAUCAUCAGCAGAGAUUUAAUUUAAGGAAAGUUAAGCAGAAAAUAUAUUUAAAACCUAGAUAUCAGAUACAAGAGACAAAUAUACUUUUUGGUAGAGCCAUUAAGAAGGUACCGCCAGGAGAGAAACUGAUAAAUGAUAAGACUUGAUGCCGCUUCAAAAUAUAGGAAAAACGCAAUUAGAACAAAGGAUCAAGUGUGCACAAAUGGUAGCAUCGCGAGAAAGUGCAAAAAGGUACGACAUUUUUUCCAAUCAUCCACAACCGUAACAAACAAAAGCGUGUAUUGCAGAAGUGAAUCAUACAACGGUGUCAUAUCGGGAGAAAAAGGAAACUCGGUGCAGUUUUAUACAUAUAGGCAUACUUAGAGCUCCGCGCAAAGAAGUCAUCCGAUAUCGCAAGAAGAUAUCAGAAACGAUUAUACGAAGAAAAUAAAAACAAACGCAGAAUAGAUAUCAAUGUUCCUGAGAGAGUUUGGCUGAAGAGCAGACAUCUUCCAGAGUAGUUUUGAAACCGUCAAUUCAAGCAAAUUCGGCAACUAGAGGUAAAUAAAACAACUUAAUUUUCCUAUUUUCGAAGUAAGCUCAAUUCCAUUGAAGCUGUGAAUCAGAUUUUCGCUUUUUUCGAACUGUUCGGUGCUACAUUGAAUGGUGUAUGGUUUAUAACGCACAUCAUGCCAGGAGACAAACGGUUUCAGCUCAGUUCAUUCGUAAUACAAACUAACUAGAAUUAAAAGCAGACCACUCGGCGAAAUUUCAAACUUGGGAAUGAAAAAUGUGACCCUUUCGGAAUGAUUUUGUGAUAUCUAGUUAUUUAUUCGUGGUAAGAACACUACUUUCGCUAAAUAUAUGCACUACACUGGUACUCAAUGCCACACGUUCUGUAUUCGAUGCAGCAUAACAGCUUACCUCUCUCUUCUAGCGCCUUCUCUCAAAGGCUUAUCCAUCCAUAAACAAUCAAACGCUCUUACUCUCUCAUACCGCAUUCAAAUGAGAGGAAAACAAAUCUUAAACUACAUGUUACAUUAGGAAAAAAUAAAACAAAGUAGCGUAGAAGCGGUAUUAGAAAAACUUUACACGUGAACUAACUAAGCAAGACACAAACUCUUUCGGAUAUAUUUCACUGCAAGUUGUAGACUUUUCGUACUUUUGGAGAGAUAUAUAACAUGAGCUUACACACGUGUGUUUUUACCCUUGUAAGACAAUAUAUACAACAAAAACCUAGUAAAACGAUCUAUUACUACACAUCUUAUCCUCAAAUAACGCAAAUGCACUGACCGCUAUAGUGCACCACUACUUCAAGCUUAUCUCAAACCAACAGUUCAGAAAUAGCCAACAAGCUAUCGGCGAAAGCACAAUAAGAAACACUCGUUACUGAUUAGGGGAAAACCAUACCAUCCCUUCCGACGAGAGCUUCUGAUUGGUUCUAACGUUAUAAACAGGCUGAUUGCGGUUACAAUACUACCCAAACUACAUACUACGGUAGAGAAUAUAUUUUUUGCGUAGAAAAUGCUGGACAUUUUCGUUUUUUUAAAUAAUCAAACCAUUUUAAUAACUACUCUGUCGAACUGGUUUGAAGCAAGAGAGAAAAAUCAUCAUCGGUUAAAAUUAAGAACGAAUGUCGACAGAAGAAUAAGAAAACACAAAUGCCCAGUAAAGCACUAAACAAAAUCAAUGAUUGUGAACUUAGCAGCACUAGUUGCUUUAUACGUUUCUUUACGAACUGUUCUAAUUUCAGUUCAAAAACUUGUGUUUUAUGACGAUGUUCUGUAACAUUAUUCAUUUGAGUAGCCUACCUACAUUGCCACGAAAAAAUAUCUAUGUUUAACGUAAAUAUGAAUAUUGAUAUGCUAGAAUCAGAUAUGAUAACGGAAAAUACAUGUUUUUCUUCCCCCGACUAGAACGUCCUAGCGUUAUUUAACCAUAAAUAGUUGUUUUCACUGUUCAUAACUUAACUCUUCGUUUGUCUUUUCAAAUUUCAUUGCUAUCAACAUAGUGCAUACUUUUAAGCUACUAAAUGAUUAUAAUGAUUAUACACAAGCACACAAAUACAAAUCUGAAACACUUGAGGAAAAACUUUCGCAUAAACAAAGCUAAUGCAUUGAUGAAUAACACAAACAUUAGGAUGGGGGAAAACUACAAACACACAAGAAGCAUACUGUUACUGUCUCGUUAUUGAAGGUGUCGUAUUAAGGUAGUAAACCAGAAGAAUGAAAUUAAACAUAAAAAACCACUUAA